AUGGCGAGCGAAAGGCAAGGCAUGCCUAUCUAUCCUCAGUAUUGCUUCAAAGCUGCGCCAACCCACGGUGUUUGGUGCUUCUUCAGAACCGCUGAUAUACCGCGACUACGAAAAUUCGUCGACUUGCCAGACUUGCACUUCUACAAAAACCUCCCCAUUAAGUUUAUACGAGUAGUUGGACUCAUUGUCGCCGUUGAUGAUUAUGCGGGUCGGCGAGUUUAUAUUAUCGACGACAGCAGCGGCGUGAACGUUGAGUGUAUCCUUAACCUCCAGGAUGGGCCCUUUGAUCCCGGAAAAAUCUUUGCUCCUCGACCGCCUAUCCCACCGGAGUUCGCUGGAUUUCAAGUAGGCUGCGUCGUCGAUGUGAAGGGAACUAUUACAGAUUAUCAUCGCGCGAGAGGCAUCAAGAUCGCACGAAUGAAACAAGUACCGACAACGGAGCAAGAACUUUCGCUCUGGGAAAGGAGGCAUCAAUUUCGGACCGCCAUUCUGGAUCGGCCAUGGGUCAUGUCACAGCAAGAUGUUUUACGUUGUCGCAAAGAGGCCGAGCGCGCCGAUACCGAGCUAGCCGCCAGCAAGCGGAAGACCACCUCUCGAAGCCGACACACGAGGGAUGAGCCGGAAAAUGAUCCUUACAAAAUAAAGAGGGAGACCGCUCCGAUGGCUGCUAGGCGGAUAUACAAAUUGGAGACUCGACCAGCCCUAUCCACGCAUGAAGAGGCGAGCAUCGGUGAGGUGGCUCGGAGAGCACGUACGUCCACGCCAGUGCUAGAAGGAGAUCCGAAUUUGACAAGCGAGGAUCCAUAUAGCAUCACAGCCAAGAGACGCGUAGGACACGCAACCUGGUCUAGAGCUGACAAGACAGGAUAUUUGGCCGCCGAAAGAGAGCAAAACGAAGACUCUUACAGAAACCCCUAUAUGACACCCGCGCCAUCGUCGCAACCAACAAUUCCAUGUCUGGAAGAGACCGUCGAAGACGGCCGUAUUGGAGAGUCGCGAUCUAAACCUGCCACCUUGAAGGGAGGGUACUUAGCUGCCGACCUGGAGCCGGGCGACCCUUACGCGAUUAGAACAAAUCAUAGGCUGAUGGCAACUGGCAAGAGCCUGACACGUGCGACGAACGUCCUUGCGGAGCCCUUACGGAUUAUAAAGCCAGCUCAGCCGUGUUCUACCGCGAAUAAACUCGAUACAGCGGCUGAGCCAGCUUCGGUCGCCGUUGAUCCCUUUUCACUCAAGAAAAGUUUCUCCGACGUCCAUGAAAACGCCCACGAUGGUAGCGAUCCCUUCAGGAUUGGCAGGAAGGGUGCACGUCGUGCGAGGUGA